AUGAGUACUCCCGGCACGUCUGGAAAAUCUACACCUCUUUUGACUGCAACCUCAUCUUCCACUCGUUCAAAGCCGGUGGUAUUGGAGACGAGCCACUUACACUUACAGACGCAUGGGCCAAGUGGAAGGCGAAUGAUUAACCAAUACGUGAUUGAGGAUGAACUUGGAAGAGGUGUUCAUGGAAAAGUACGUUUGGCACGAGAUACAGAGACUGGUGAAAAAGUUGCUGUAAAGAUUGUCGAGCGAGAAGGAAAGAAGCGAUUAGGUGCUCCAAGUCGUGAUCAAGAGCUAGAAAGACAACGUGAGAAGGAGCGUAAGCGGCUGCUGUGGACGACAGAUCAAAAGGUCAAGCGUGAAAUCGCAAUUAUGAAGAAGUUGGCUCACGAGAAUAUUGUGCGUUUGAAGGAGGUAAUUGAUGAUCCUGCAAGCAAGAAGGUGUUCAUGGUUCUGGAAUACAUGGAAGGCGGCGAGGUCCAAUGGAAAGAUGAAAGAGGUUUCCCGACAUUGACUGUAGAUGAGGCAAGGAGGACUCUGCGAGAUAUUGUGUUAGGUUUGGAGUAUCUACAUUAUCAGGGCAUCAUCCACAGAGAUAUAAAGCCUGCCAAUCUAUUACUCGAUAAAGACCAAAAGGUCAAAAUUUCAGACUUUGGUGUCUCGCAUUUCAGCUAUGCUCUCUUGGUUGCAAAUGGUGGAUUACCCAGUAUGGAUAGCGAUACAGAAAAACAAAAGGAUCCCAGCCUAGCUGAUGAUCGUGAAUUGGCCAAGACUGCUGGAAGUCCCGCAUUCUUUGCUCCUGAGCUCUGUUUGGCGGGUGAAGCGCCUUCUGCACAAACGGGCACAAUUCGGCACACAGAGAAAGAUCAAGCUUCGACACCGAAAGAAGAAGAUAAUACUUCAAUCCAAAAUCGAUCUCGGCCACCAAUCACGAAAGCAAUCGAUGUAUGGGCUUUAGGUGUGACAUUGUAUUGUCUAUUGUUCGGUCAUGUUCCCUUCACUGCCGAUAACGAAUUCGCAUUAUUUUCAGUCAUCACAAGAGAAGACUAUGAGUUGCCAGCUCAUAUGGGAGCAGAUCGUAUACAGAUUGGACCGCGAAGGAAGAGAUGGAUUUAUCAACAGCCUUGGACGGACGAAGAGGGAGAUGUGGACGAAAUGCACGAGAAUACAAAAGAAGCAGAUGUUGAUGUUAACACACUGAGUGAAGAGGCACUGAUGGUGCGCGAUCUUCUGGACAGACUAUUGGAGAAAGAUCCUUCAAAGCGAAUCAAGUUGGACGAAGUGAAGAAACAUCCUUGGCUAACGCGGGAUUUGGAGAAUCCACCUUUGUGGCUAAGCGAGACAGAUCCGAGUCAUUUACCAUUCGUUGAGGUUACACAUGAAGAUGUCGAAACAGCUUUGACAGGCUUCAAUAAGUUCAAGCAAACACUCAAGAGAUUGCAAAACAAAUUUUGGUCU